AUGUCUGCGGAAAUGGCAGGAAGAGCCACGAAGAAGUCACUUGUCAUAGGCAUUGACUUUGGGACAACUUUCACUGGUGUUGCUUGGGCAAUUGUGGAUGACCAGAAGAAUGUGCACGUCAUCUCCGCCUGGCCGGGUUCUGGCAAUAGGACAAGUGUGAAGAUACCAACGGUCAUGGGUUUUCUGGAAGGCCGAUUUCUUUGGGGUUGGCAAGCUCUGUCGCUGGCACCAGAACCAAUCCGCGGUGUGAAGCUGCUUCUCGACGAAUCGCAAAGCCAUCGCUACAGCCCGUCAUUGCAAGCCAGCAAAUUACUGCGUGUGAUGAAGAAAAGUCCCAUUGAUAUUGCAUCCGACUACUUGAAGAAAGCCCUUAAGCACACUCAUGAAAUCCUAGAGCGUCGUUUAGGACCUGCUUUCAAGGAAAAGGAUAGGAAAUAUGUCCUGACUGUACCGGCAGUAUGGUCGGACAAGGCAAAAGACAACACCCUUAAAGUUGCCAUCGGCGCUGGUAUACCAGAGCAUCAGCUGGCUUUACUUUCCGAACCGGAAGCCGCUGCGCUUUAUACGUUGCAGGCAAUACAGCCAAAUACGAUCAAGCGAAAUGACACAUUCGUUAUCUGCGAUGCUGGAGGCGGAACAGUUGAUAUCAUAUCAUAUCGCGUUCGUGACUUGUCUCCUCUGAGCUUGGAAGAAGUUGUUGAGGGAACCGGUGGUGUGUGCGGAUCAAUGGUUCUCGAUGAAUUGUUCGAGCGUUUUCUUGAAAAGCUGGUCGGUUUUGAAGCUUUCGAACUGUUUUCCAACCGCACGCGGGACGACGCUCUCCGAUACUGGCAAGACACAAUUAAAGUCCAAUUCACUGGAACAGAAUGCGAGGAUGAAUUCGAUUACAUCGGUUGGAGACUUCCUCUCCCUGGAGUCAUGGACAACCCGGAGAUUGAGUUGGAAGGAGGGUACCUGCAGUUGACCAAAUCUCAAAUUCAAGGAAUUUUUGAUCCUCCUGUGCAAGACGUGCUGAAUCUUGUGCAUAAUCAGGUCAGAAGAAUCAAGGUAGCUGGACUUCCCUUGCAGGCGAUACGCCUCGUGGGAGGGUUUGGAGGUUGCGAGUACCUUUACCGACGCCUUCGUAGGGCACAUCCCAGAAUUACCGUGACGCAACCCCCGGAUGCGUAA